AUGUUUACUAACCACGGUACUUUCACUGACAGCAACGGCAUUGCCGCAACGGCAUUGCCGGUGAGUAAGCCUGGUGAAUUUAAGGGCAAAAUAUGGGUUGUAUUGGCUGCUGGUGGCGUUGAUUGGAAAAACUAUUCAAUUCAUGCCAACCUAUACCACGCGUACCAAAUGUUUCGCGGGAACGGUUCAAUUCAUGCCAACCUAUACCACGCGUACCAAAUGUUUCGCGGGAACGGUAUUCCCAAAGAAAAUAUAAUAGUUAUGCAUUACGACGAUAUCGCCUACAAUACACAAAACCCAUCACAGGGUAAAGUGUUUAAUAAAUUCAACGGCAGUGAUGUCUACCAUGAAGUGCCUAAACAUUAUACUGGAGAAUACGUUACACCCGAUAACUUUUUAGAUAUACUUAAAGGGGAUGAGGCAUUUUCCCAAAAUGGCAAAUGGCCCGUAGUCAAUAGUGGACCUGACGAUCAUAUAUUUGUUUAUUUUAUUGAUCAUGGUUCUCAUGGGUCAGUUUUCAAUAGCAAUCUGCCCAAUGAUAUUGACGUAUACGCUGUCACGUCGUCGGCUCCCUUGCAGGACAGUUGGCAAGCGUUUUGCGAUCACAAAGAUACCGCGAGAUAG